AUGAUGAGUCUUCAACAUUAUCUAAUAGAGGUAAUUUUUUUAGAAUUGCUCGAAUGGUAUAGCUCAAAGUGUCCAGAAGUUGUGACAGUUGUUGGAAUAAAUGCACUUGGAAAUAAUCAAAUGAUUGCCCCAAAAAUUAAAAAGCAACUGGUGAAUGCUUGUGCAGUUGAGACCACAAAUGCUAUUUUAGCUGAUCUUGGAGAUAGGUGGUUCACUUUACUACUUGAUGAGGCUCAUUAUUGUUUAGUGAAAGAGCAAAUAGCAGUUGUUAUUAGAUAUGUGAAUAAACGUGGAGAGGUGAUUGAACGAUUUAUGGUUGUAGUUCAUGUUGCAACAACUACAUUUGCUUGUUUGAAGGAGACAAUCGACUCUUUAUUUGCUAAAUAUGAUUUGUUAGUGGCGAGAUUGAGGGGUCAAGGAUAUGAUGGUGCUUCAAAUAUGUCUGGAGGUUUUAAUGUCUUAAAAUCCUUGAUAAUGAAAGAAAAUUCAUAUACAAGAUAUGUUCAUUGUUUUGCUCAUCAACUCCAGCUAGUGGUUGUAGCUGUUGCUCAAGAAAAUCAAUAUGUUUGUGAUUUUAUGUGGAUUGUUGGUUCGAUUGUGAACACAUCUGCAUCAUCUUGCAAAAGGGCUGACAAACUUCGACAACUUAAACAUGAUAGAAAAAUUGAACUUCUUGAAAGAUGA